AUGACUGUAAUGUCACUUCUAUCGUCCGUGCCUGACUUUGACGGUAAAAUCUGUCAUAUUGUUGAGGCUGGAAACGGGACACUGAUUUUCGUACGACCAUUGACCUGGAGCCAAAAAUAUGACGAAAUUAGCUCAAAAAUCCAGGAAUUAACGUCGACGUUGAAAAAAGUAGACUAUCUAUCUGGAGUAAAUCUAGGUGAAGUUUAUCUCGUGAAAUUAAACAGUUCAAUAGAACGGUCGUAUUUUAUUCGAAGACCGAAACCGAACACUUAUUCAGAAUUGAAAUCUGACAAUCACAGUAUUGAGGAAAAAUUACAGAUUUAUCUUAUUGACAAAGGAAUGCAAUGCGACAUACAUUGUGGUGAAAUUUACGAAUGUCCAUCACAAAUAAUGAAAUUUGAGCUAUUCAGUUGUGUUUGUCCUGUACUGGUACCAUCUAUUCAGCCCAUGGAUAUAUACAACAGUCUUGUCGAGCAUAAUUGCAAAUGUAUCGUUGAAACUGUAUCGAAAUCUGCUGUGGUGGUAGGUUUUGUUCGUGGUCAACUGCAAGUGGAAGUCAAUGAACGUUAUGAAAAUUUAAGCGAUAUUGUGGCACGUAUGACAAAUGAUUGUUCUGAAAACAGUGGUAAUAUAGCAGGUAUUAAAGUCGAUAUAUCCAGUUCAUCCAGUGAUACGACCACUUACACUUCGGUAAAACUUUCGGAACCUUGUACUGAUCCUGCAGCCGUGGACGUUGGCAGGAGACAUGAAAUGCCUAAGAUUAGAAAUCUGUUCAUUCAAACAGCAUUCAAGCAUUAUGAACCAGAAAUGCUACCUAUAACUGUAAAUGUGCGAUUUGAUAAAAAAGACCGUUUUUGGGACACUUUUUGGGUUGUCAACACGAAAAUUUUUUCAGUAGUGCAAACGUUGCUGAAAGAAAGUGAGAAUAAGAUAUCAUAUUUUCCCAUUUUGUCUCACCAAAGCAGCAAUAUUUGGAUGCGUCAAACGCCUUGCCUAGUGCGUAUCAAAGGAGACUACACUCUUAGAGGACUUCAUCGUGCUGUACCAGCUAAAUACGAUACUUAUACCAAGAAAUUUUCGAUUUUUUUGGUGGAUUAUGGCUGGUUUAGAUGGGUCUCUGAAAGUGACAUCAUCGACAUUUCGACAUUAGAUAAGGCUAGUAUUCUUUUUUCAGGAGCUUUCAUUUUUAGUUAUUAG